AUGUCGUCCAGGGUCACCCGCUCGUCCGCCCGUCAAGCAGCGAGCCAAGCAGCGAGUCAAGCAGCAUCCUCCAACCCGACCGUCGCCGCCGCGGUCUCUACGCCUUCCGCAGCAGCCCAGGCACCGAUCCCACUGACCCCAACACCGGGACCGAGUACGCGGAAGCGCAAGAACAAUACCGCUAGCCCGGCACCGGUUGCCACAGAAUCGCCAUCAUCAGUCCGGAGGUCAAAGCGACAACGAGUGACACAGGCAUCACCGCAGCCCCAGCAACCUGCGGACCCAGCUCCGACUCCGUCCACAGCAUCACGCCGCAGGUUGGGCAAGGCUCCCGCGACUAUGUCAAGUCCAGGAACCCCAGCAGGUCAUGCUGGCCCUUCUCUUCCGCCUUCGGCAUCGUCUAGCCGACGAUCCAGCAGAACCAAGAAGCAGCCCCAGACUUCUCGUGGUACGCCCUUGCCAUCUCCACGCCGCCUUGUUCAGGGGUUUACUCAACUGGCAAUAGAUGAAGCCUCUGUCCCUGCAGCUCCCAGCUCGAGUCGACGAUCGAAACGAGUGGCCAACGACGCCCAAGAUCAGGAUGUUGUCAUGAGUGGCACUGACGAACAUGAGAAAGCCUCGGGACUUGAGAAGGCCUCCGCGACUCAGCCGCCACCGCCGCCCCCAGCCGAGGAGGAUAGAUACCCGGAAGACAGUGACGAGAAUGAAGAGGAUGACGACGAGGAUGAGGAAGCAUUGCAGCGGUACGAUGACGGCGACGUUGACCCGUUCAGCGGCUUCGGUGGUCCGGGUGGUCCGGUACCUGGUCUCAGCAGCACCCUCCGGACGCUGACUGGCAUGGUGUCGAGCACCGCAUCCAGGCUUCGAGAGAUUUUGAACAAUCUUCGACAGAAGGAUGAUCCUACAAUGCAGCUCAUCGCACUGCAGGAGCUCUCGGAGCUCUUGCUGAUUUCCAACGAGGACACGCUCUCGGGACAUUUCUCGCCGGAUGCAUUGGUGAAGGAGCUGGUCGCCUUGAUGCAGCCAAACGAGAUCACAGGAGAGGAGAACCCAGAGAUCAUGCUUUUGGCGUGCCGCUGUCUCGCCAACCUAAUGGAAGCCCUGCCGGCCAGCACGUCAAAUGUUGUCUACGGUCACGCGGUCCCUAUCCUCUGCCAGAAGUUGCUCGAGAUCUCCUUCAUCGAUCUUGCGGAACAAGCGCUCAGCACGCUGGAGAAAAUCUCAAUCGAGUACCCUUCGAGUAUCGUCCGUGAAGGCGGCCUAACUGCGUGUCUCUCUUACCUGGAGUUCUUCGCAACUGGCACGCAGCGGGUGGCAGUCACUACCGCCGCGAACUGCUGCCGUAAUCUCGACCAAGAGUCUUUCCCCGUCGUCCGAGAUGUCAUGCCGAUCUUGCUCAAUGUUCUUGGGAGCAACGACCAAAAGGUUGUCGAACAAGGCUCACUCUGCGUCACGCGUAUUGUUGAGAGCUUCAAGUUCCACCCGCACAAGCUUGAGGAGCUCAUCAGCGUCGAUCUGCUGAAGGCUAUUCUCCGCCUCCUCCUUCCUGGAACGACCAAUCUUAUCGGGCCUCACAUCCACACCCAGUUCCUUCGCGUGCUUGCGUUUGCGGCGCGUGCCAGCCCCCGCCUGUCAGCUGAGCUCUUCAAGGCCAACGUCGUUGAGACGCUUUACCAGAUCCUAACAGGGGUCUCUCCCCCAAGCGGCACCGAGGAUCUCGGCUCAAAGCUCGACAGCGUGCUCAUUAUGCAAGCCCUUAUCCACCGGCCGCGCGAUCAGAUCCUCGAGACACUCAACGUCAUCUGCGAGCUCCUUCCCAGCGUUCAAAGACCGGCGAGUCCCACCGGCGAGCAUCUCCUCGAGAUCAGCUCGACCUCUGAGCCUGUGACAUCAUCCUCACUGAGUCCCCGUCGGAAGACGACAAACGAGAAGCGGAUUGAGCUCUUAGAGAACUGCAAGGAAGAAGUACGGAGGUUCUCUAUGAUUCUCUUCCCCACGCUCACCGACGCGUACUCCAGCACUGUCAACUUAAAUGUCCGACAAAAGGUGUUGAUGGCUCAACUCAAGAUGCUCUCGAACCUGGAUAAGGAGAUACUCGUUGAUGCCCUGAAGCCGGUCUCUUUCGCGUCGUUCCUGGCCUCGAUUAUCUUACAACAGGAUGAUCCUACAUUGGUCAUGUUCGCUAUACACGCCGUCGAGUUGCUGAUGAGGCGACUGCCAGAUGUGUACCGUUACCAGCUCUACCGUGAGGGCGUGAUUGCUGAAAUCACUAAACUCGCAACCCAAGAACCGGAGCCGGAAUCGAAGUCUUUUGGCGAGGAGUCACCGGAAGCAACCGGUGAGCCCGAAACCGAGGCUGAGCCGGAGGCCGAGAACAGGUCGUCUGCGGAGCCGGCAGACCGCCAUUCUGACCCCGACGAGUCCCACGCGGAGGACGAGGAAGAGAACGAUGAUGGUGACGAAGAGGACGGAGAUCAUUCUCAUCACUCUUCGGACGACGAAGAUGAAGAACAUGAGCAUGACGACCACGAAGAUGACCGAAGUAGGGAUGGUAUAUCGCCUUCUCCAGUUAGUUCUGAGGGUUCAACCAUGUCGGUUGCGGGACCUCCUGGUCAUAUAGGCUUGAAUCCCCCGUCCAUGAAGACCAAGAUUAGUGUAUUCGCCAAGAAGUUUCUCGAAGUGCACGAAAACGAAAAGGAAGGAACGGCUAUGAAGAAGAAGGCGACUGAGAUCCUUGACAACCUGUCAGCCCUGGCAUCCGAUAUCGAGAACUUCUACCUCCUCCGCAGCUUCCCGUCGCACCAUGCGCUUGAGGACGGCGUAGAGCUCUUCAAGAGACUGGCGUCUUACUUCGACUCGGACGUAUUGGAGAGUGUUACCAGCGCCGAACUGCUCGCAUCGAGCAUCGUGCGUGUUCUUGAGGAAGUCUUGAGCAACCCUGAUGAACAGCUGGCCGUUGCAGCGCAGUCGGCAUUCCUCCAGGUGUUUAUGGGAUACACCGUCAAGUCGAAGCCCAAGACCGCUACGGCCGACUCGCCCGCCACGCCUCUGAGCGUGCUGGUCCACAAGCUUCAGGAUCUGCUCAGCAGGUCCGAACACUUCGAGGUUGUCACGGUUCACCACCAUUCUUUCGACAGCAACCGGAGCAGCGCGGCUUCCAUGCUUGCGAAGCAGAUUCGCCUUAAGCUGGUGGCUGAUGAAGAGUCUGACAUUCCCUGGCACUACCGGAACAUCAUGGUCUCAAUCCAUGCCAUCACCACUUUCAAGUCUCUCGACGACUACCUAAGGCCACGGAUCAGCCUCUCUGACCGGCCCCGUGGCUCUAAGAGGGACGCGGUUUCACGUGCGUUGGCUGCCAUGGCGAGCUCGGGCCUUCCCGUGAGCGCUGCAGCGGCCAGGCUCAUGGAGCGAUCGCUACCGCCAUCGGGCUUUUCAAACCCGGCACCUCCUCCUCCUCCUCCUCCUCCGCCUCCUGCUGCCGCCUCUUCUCAAUCAUCUGGCUCCCGAUCGGCGCGGAAGCACAAGAUUAAACUGCAGCCGGGUAAUGACGCUCCGGCGACGCCGCAAGCAUCGUCUUCAAGGGGAAAGGUGACGCUGCGGCGGUCGUUGCGCCGCCAAGCGGUGUCGGAGGGCAUCCCCUCGCGUCCCCCGCCCGACGACGAGGACAAUGUUGGGAAUACGCUGGAGUGUGCUGACGAGAAGCAGCUGUCGGAUGAUGAGGAGAUGGAUGAUGGCAGCGCGCUCGAUAUGGUGCGUGACGUCGAUGCAGGAAUGUCGGACGCACCGACGCCUGACCCAUCUGCUGUCAACCUGGAGGUUGCAGCUGGAGGCAAGGUUACGGCCCGCAAAGAGGAUGGAACGAGGGUGCCAACGCCGUCUCAGAGCCAGAAUCGGCCGGCGGCUGCCUUACCUAGCCGUACAAGCGCGUUGACGGCGGCUUUGCAAGGAUCGCCGACGCCCCCGGCGUCCGCAAUGCCGAUGUCGUAUGCCGCGGCGAUCCAGUCGGUCCCUCAAGAUUGGCAUAUCGAGUUCAGCAUUGACGGCAAGGUCAUUCCCAAUGAGACUACCAUCUACCGAGCUGUGCAUAGUUCUGCAAAGACGACCGAGGACAGCUCUGGACGGAACAUUUGGUCAACGGUGCAUCCUAUCAAGUUCAAGCGCGUUCCAGGCCCUCCUCCCGCCGAGCCUUCGGCCUUCGGGAGCACGGCGGAUACAGGAACCGAGGGCGAAGAUGGCGGUGCCCCUGUAUCCCUGUCCAAGUUCCCCGUUACCUCGUCGAUUCUGCGGUUGCUGAAGAAACUGCAUGAUCUCAACGCCAAUAUCGACGAUGUCCUUGUGGAGAACAAGGAGACGCUCAGGGUCAACGUCGAGCCCUUGUCGCAAUUCGUCAACACCAAGCUGACUGCGAAGCUGAACCGGCAGCUGGAGGAACCGCUAAUCGUGGCGAGCAACUGCCUUCCCAGUUGGAGUGAGGAUUUGGCGAGACUGUAUCCCUUCCUGUUCCCCUUUGAGACGCGCCAUCUCUUCCUACAGUCCACGUCGUUUGGCUAUGCGAGAUCCAUGAGUCGUUGGCAGAAUGCUCAGUCUCAGGAGGAAGCCCGGAGGGACCGUCGAGACGAUAGGCCCUUCCUCGGCCGCCUACAGCGCCAGAAGGUCCGUAUUUCUCGGUCGAAGAUCCUGGAGUCAGCCGUGAAGGUCAUGGACCUAUAUGGCGCUUCACAGAGUAUCCUCGAGGUCGAGUAUUUUGACGAAGUCGGUACUGGACUGGGGCCUACACUGGAGUUCUAUUCGACCGUGUCCAAGGAGUUCUGUAAGAAAAAGCUCAAGCUCUGGCGGGACAAUGACCCCAACGGUGACGAUGAGUUUGUCUCUGGGUCCAACGGUCUCUUCCCCCGGCCGCUCAGCGAGGAGUUUGCAGCGUCGGAAGAAGGGGAGAAGAUCCUUCAGCUGUUCAAGAUACUCGGCAAGUUUGUCGCUCGGUCCAUGAUCGACUCCCGCAUCAUUGAUAUCAACUUCAAUCCCAUAUUCUUCCGCAUUGGCGACGAGUCUGCCGCUGUGCGUCCGUCUCUCGGUGCGGUCAAGUCUGUGGAUCCGGUCAUUGCGAGGUCGCUCAUGACAGUCAAGAAGUUCGCUCUGGCGAAGAAGGUCAUUGACGAGGAUCCGAGCCGCACAGCCGCACAGAAGGUUAUUGAUACCGAGAACAUCGUGGUGGAUAAGAUCCGGAUCGACGACCUGUAUCUUGACUUCACCUUGCCCGGAUACCCGGAGAUUGAACUCAUCCCCAAGGGGUCUCAAACACAGGUGUCCAUUCACAACGUUGAUCUCUAUCUGGAGAAGGUUAUCGACAUGACUCUGGGAAGCGGAGUUCGACGGCAGGUAGAUGCCUUCCGCACGGGCUUCUCGCAGGUGUUCCCAUACUCGGCACUGAGUGCCUUUACGCCGGAUGAGCUCUGUACGCUCUUUGGACGGGUGGAGGAGGAUUGGUCGCUCGAGACCCUCAUGGACUCGGUCAAGGCGGACCACGGGUACAACAUGGACAGCAAGACAGUCAAGAAUCUGUUGCAGGCCAUGAGCGAGUUCACUCCAACUCAACGCCGUGACUUCCUGCAAUUCACAACGGGUAGCCCGAAGCUCCCUAUUGGCGGUUUCAAGAAGCUAACGCCGAUGUUCACGGUGGUUUGCAAACCGAGCGAGGCGCCAUACACUUCAGAUGAUUAUCUCCCUAGCGUCAUGACGUGUGUUAACUACCUCAAACUGCCCGACUACUCGAGCAUCGAUAUCCUGAGGAAGCGGCUUUUCACCGCCAUCAAGGAGGGCCAGGGGGCAUUCCACCUAUCUUGA